GUCAAAUGAAGAGACAGUGAUGGCUCGCUGGGCGAUGACCGACAGCACCCGCAGUCAAUAGGAAGACCCGAGGAAUGCUCAACAGAGGAGGAAGACAGAAGUCUCAGCCAAUGGCAGCACCCAAAGGGCAGGAUGCUGCCCAGCAGGCGGUGCCAGCGCAGGGACAUCGGUGACAAUCGGAGACAAGCGCGGAAGGCGGAGAGCCAGAGACACCACCUUGUUUGCAAGACACCAGACAUGGCACCCAAGAAAGCCAAGAGAAGGGCAGCAGCAGAGGGCGGGAGCUCCAAUGUCUUCUCCAUGUUCGACCAAACCCAGAUCCAGGAGUUCAAGGAGGCCUUCACUGUGAUUGACCAGAACCGUGAUGGCAUUAUCGACAAGGAAGACCUGCGGGACACCUUUGCAGCCAUGGGGCGCCUGAAUGUGAAGAAUGAGGAGCUAGAUGCCAUGAUGAAGGAAGCCAGCGGGCCCAUCAACUUCACUGUCUUCCUCACCAUGUUCGGGGAGAAGCUCAAAGGCGCAGAUCCUGAGGACGUGAUCACUGGAGCUUUCAAGAUCCUGGACCCUGAGGGGAAGGGCACCAUUAAGAAACAGUUCCUGGAGGAGCUGCUGACCACGCAGUGUGACCGCUUCUCCCAGGAAGAGAUCAAGAACAUGUGGGCAGCCUUUCCCCCCGACGUGGGCGGCAACGUGGACUACAAGAACAUCUGCUACGUCAUCACGCACGGCGACGCCAAGGACCAGGAGUAGGAGCGCCCGGGGGGCGGGCGCGGGCCCCGCCUUCCUGCCGGC